AUGGAUGAGAAAACAGCUAUUAUAAAACAAAUAUUUUCCAAUUAUAAUAAUUCAUUACAAAUUCAAUCUAUAUCUCGUCCAUUAAAUGGUUUUUCAAAUUCAGUUUAUUUUAUCACAUUUCUCAACAAUUCUAAUAUGGAACUUGUUUUAAAAUUUACUGAACCUGGUGAUAUUAACGAAGUUCUUUUCUAUCAAGCAUUGAAUCACUAUCCCAUUGAUGAAUUUCCUAUACCACAAAUUUUAAAAUAUGAUUCAAUCAUUCAUAAUUAUUAUAUUUCUUCAAAAUUACCUGGUUUUCCACUAUCACAAGUAUUGGAUUCUAUGACACAUGGACAACGACUAGAAAUCUAUCAAGCAUUGGGCAUAUUCGUAGGACAGUUACAUUCAAAGCACAUUUAUGAAAAAUGUGGUUAUUUACAAGCCCAACAAUAUUCUAGUUGGAAACAUAUGUUUAGUGAUAUAAUUCAAAGACAAAUUACAUCAUUCAAAGAGACAAUAUUUGAAGAACUUUCAAAUAGAAUUCACAAAUAUUUGAUUGACAAUUUGCAUUUAAUUGAUUAUGAUAUAUUACCAAGAUUAUUACAUAUGGAUUUACAUUGUGGUAAUAUUUUAGUUUCUAAUACAAAAAUUACAGGUAUUGUAGAUGCUCAAGAUGCAAUUAUUGGACAUAAUGAGUAUGAAUUAAUGAGAAUUGAAAAAGCCCAUUUUGAAGAGAAUAACAAUAAUGAUUAUCGAGAAAAAUUUAUGUCUAGUUAUACGUACUAUGUUAAAUUAGAUGAUGGAUAUGAAGAACGACGACGAAUGUAUUCAUUAUCAAGAGAAUUAGUUGGAAUGGAAUGUUUGUUAGAUUAUGGCGAUAAAUAUGCACAAGAUGGAUCAGUAGAGCAGGAGAAGAAAAACAUCGAAGAUAAAAUAAAGCAUAUUAUUAAUGUGGAUUGA